AGAAAGUUUACGAACAUCUUGUAAAUCAUGAACUGGAAAAUAGUGCUAGUUUUGUGCAGUAUUGUAGCAUCUACAAAAGCAUUCAGUUGCUGGGAAUGCAGCGAGUACAUCUGUCCAGACGUAUUAUGCGAAGGAUCAUUGGUGAAAGGGGUGUGUGGUUGCUGCAAUGUGUGUUCUAAACAAGAAGGAGAGGAAUGCGGUGGAUUAGGGAACCAUGCCGGAACUUGCGAAAAAGAUCUUGAAUGCAAAAGUGAGAAACUUAAGCCUGUAAUACUACAAGAUGGACGCAUCCUGUAUCCUCCUGUUGACAUUCAAACUGCAGGAACUUGCAGAAAACAAAAAAAGUAAGUUGUGGAAGAGCUUCUGAAAGACACUCGGUUUCGAGAGAAUAAGUUGUGGAAUUAUGGAACAUUAAGAAUUCGAAACAGAUACCGAAAAAUUUUGUUUAAUAAAUUUGUUGUCUUGAAGCAAA